AUGUGUGAAUUAGAUAUUAGAUCAACUUUAAAGAAAGAUAUUAGUAACUCUAGUUAUAAUUUAUCAAAAGUUGAAAAAGAUAUGUUAUCAGAUCUAACAAAUAAAAAGACUAUCAGGUUUAUAAAACCUGAUAAAGGAGGCGGCAUGACUAUUUUUAAUAUGAGUGACUACAAUAAUGAAAUGGAGAAUAUCCUUACAAGUGAAACUUACUCUGUUCCAAAAUCUGUGUGCAGUGAAGCCUGCCUUUCUGGAUACAGAAGAGUUAUACGACAGGGAGAGCCGCCAUGUUGUUUUGAUUGCAUUCCUUGUUCUGACAAUGAGAUUUCAAAUAAGAGUGAUUCAAGUAACUGCAUAAUGUGUCCGGGGGAUCACUGGCCAAAUACAGCAAAAAACAUCUGCAAUCCAAAAUAUAUAGAUUUCCUUUCAUAUGAAGAUCCCCUGGGUAUAUCAAUUGCAACACUUACUGGUUUCUUAUCACUAAUGCCAGUUGUUGUGUUUUUUAUCUUCGUAAAACACCAUAACACUCCAGUUGUCAAGGCAAAUAACCGUGAAGUCAGCUACUUUCUAUUGUUAUCAUUAGAGUUGUGUUUGUUAACUGCUCUGAUAUUUAUUGGUUCUCCAAAGAACGAGACUUGCAUUUUCAGGCAACCAGCUUUCGGCAUAUUCUUUUCCAUUUGUAUCUCCUCAGUACUGGCAAAAACCAUAACUGUCAUCAUUGUCUUUCAUGCCACAAAACCAGGAAGCAGUUUGAAGAAGUGGGUUGGAUCAAAGAUGUCAUUUUUUAUUAUCAUUUGUUGUUCUCUGUUUCAGUGUUGUAUAUGUGUUGUAUGGCUGUCACUUUAUCCACCCUUCUUAGAGUCUGACAACAAAUAUCCUGAGAAGACAGUCAUUCAGUGUAAUGAAGGCUCAAUAUUCAUGUUCUAUUUGCUGCUGGCAUAUUUAGGUAUAUUAGCAACUGUUUGUCUUAUAAUUGCCUUUCUAGCCAGGAAUCUACCGGAUAGUUUCAAUGAGACCAAAUUUAUCACAUUUAGCAUGAUUGUUUUUGUAAGCGUUUGGUUGUCAUUCAUACCGGCCUAUGUCAGCACAAAAGGGAAAUACAUGGUUGCUGUGGAGAUUUUUGCCAUCCUGUCAUCCAGUGCUGGAUUAUUACUAAGUAUUUUUUCACCCAAAUGUUACAUAAUUUUAAUUAGACCAGACAUGAACAGGAGAGAACACAUUACAAGACAACAGAGCAAUGCUUAUAACUCGUAA